AUGCUCAGUCACACUCUCUACAUGCAGGCAGCGCUCGACUCAUAUUUCCGAAAGAAAUUACAUUCAGCUUUGCAAGAUUCUCUCACGUUACCUGCAAGCACCGGAGAUAUUCGACAUGUAUUUGCGAUUGUCCAAUUACGAGUCGAACUUUUCCGAGCCUUAAAACGUGGUCCAGGUAUGCCUCCCCGUGCUAGCCAGAAGAAAACAAAGCGUAAAGCUGUGGAUUCUGAUGGUCAAGCAAACUCUGCAAAGAAGUCGCGUGCGGGGGCCCAGGCAUCUGCGGUGUUGCAGGAGCCAAUUCUUGCAGACAAACCGUCAGCUCGACGUUCUGGGCGUCCUGGGGCAGGAAAAGGAGGUAGGGCAGAGCAGCUGGAAAAAAUUGGUGCUCUCUUGGAUGCCCCCGCGCGGACUACUCAGCCCAAGGGCUCCACCUCCCUUGACUUAGAUGUACCAACCAAUCCUCUUGCACCCGAACCAUCUCGUAAGGGUCGUGGCAGUCGCUCAAAGGCAAGUCUGUUUUUAUUGAUCUUAGAUGGUAAUGUUGAAUACAGACAGAAACCUCCUCCGCCAUAUACCGUCUCGGAAACAGUGGUCGAUCCUACAACUUCUAAAACAGGGAGGAAGAAAGCUACCAGUAAAGUGACGAAGAACGCUCUCACUCCUACUACUGACGCGGAUGCGUCGAAUACGCAACCCACCUUUUCUCACCGCCAACCUGGUGGCCGGUUUGGCUUUGCACAGUCUAUCGUCCCUCCCGGCACAGAGCCCGACUUGCAAGCACUUAAUAACCCCUUUGUAGCGGCCGCUAGGGAAAAACGUGCUCUGUCAGUUUCCUUGGAUCCCAACAGGCGUCUUCUUCCCACUGACACCUCCAGAAACAACGAUUUGGCGCAACCAGCACCUUCAAAAUCCAGGUCGAGUAUGCAACCUAACACUACGUUCCACAAGAACCUGGACCCUGCUCUAUUGUCAGUUGGAGAUGUACAUUUGGGAGCUGGAUAUACCGGAUCCGAAAGUUCAGAGGCAUCUACUGACGACAACGAUGAUGAUGGAGGUCACGCUGAUGACGAUGAAGAGGAGGAUGAGGAAGAAGAAGAAGAAGGCGAUGUCGAAGGCCAGGAGGUCAGAUGGGGAGCAGCGCAUGGGUGCCUUACUGCACAUCCUGGUUUUUCAAAGGAAGUUGAGCCCUCACAACCUCGGGUCACCACUGCUCUUCCAACUGAUUUCGAAUUUCAACACUCACGCGAUGAGGAUGAUAACAUGGCUGAUAAGAAUUUAGCAGCUGGCACGUCCAGUGACGAUGACAAUAUUCCUGAUGAUGUUCUACAGCUUCACCACAAGCGAAAUGGACAUCCCCGCCUGCCUGAUCCUGCGGUCCUCGAUCUUUUGCAUCAGGCUGAGACCAAACCUCCCGAUUCCAAGCCGAGUGAUACAAAUAUCAAAGCUCGUAAGGUAUCAGCCAAUAUAACAGGUGAAGGUCCUAAGGCUACGCAGCUGGGAUGGUAUGGUCCUCGUUGGAAGAGGUUCCUUGAGGAAACGAAGGGAGAGUGCCGUGUUCAGCAUGCGAUAGAAAAUCUGUUCCCGACCUUCAUUGACGGCUUGUCGGGAACCAUCCCUGAGAUCCUUACAGCUUCGCUUGUACAAUGGCUCGAAAGCGGCCAACAAGUCGAAGGCAAUAUUUGGCCUGAUUACAAGCCUGAGAUGGCCAAGCUCCUGUUUGAAGAUCUAUCGACAUGGCGCUCGGACCUCAAGAAAAUCACCAUCAGUAUCACACCCUCUAUGUAUGACCUCGUCCCGCCAUCUCAUGUUCCCCCCCAAGAACGUGCUAUGUGGGUCGAGGAACACGCUGCAAAACUACUUGAAUUGUCUUUUUUUCUCCGCAAUGCUGUCAUUUCAUUCUUCUAUACCGGGUCUUAUCGUAUCGCUCGCAGGAGACCUGAGGUUUUCCGUGAGCAGCUACCACUGGAGUGCUUAUACUGCGUCAAGAACGGUAACGGAAAGUUGUACCCGAAGUUUUCCGCCAAAGAGUACAAGUCAAUCUAUAUCAAGAUGGUUGGGCUACUAAACGAUAUCAUUCGGGAUCCUUAUCACGGACCCAAGCUGGUAGAGCAGCUUCGUUCGGCGCAGUCCUUCAAGGUUGACGGCAACAACAUUUCGAAGCAUCAUCAUCUACAGGUUCUGCUUGAUUAA